UAUUCUAGUGAUACCUUAACAUCUUGUCACGCAGUUGUUCAUUCAACUCUGUUUAAUACACUAAAAGUGGAUUCUAGUGAAUCUAGUUGGAGUGCCCAAUCUGAAGCAAUAGAAAAGCUAAGGGAAGAAGAAAAGAAUGGACCUAAAGGAACUGAUGGGAAUAAUCGGAAGUUUCUGGUGGCAAACGCCCGAGUUGAAAACUAUCCAAUCAUUUAUUGCAACGAUGGCUUCUGUGAGAUGGUGGGUUGGACCCGGGCAGAACUCAUGCAGCGUUCGUGCAUCUGUGAGUUCUUACACGGCCCGCUCACGAGUGCAGUGGCUGUCGCACAGAUUAAAGAGUGCCUCGCCUCCUGCCAUGAAAAGCAGCUCGAGAUACUUUACUACAAGAAAGACGGCUCAAAGUUCCUGUGCAGUCAGGUGACAGCCCCCAUUAGCAACGAAGACGGAGUGAUAUGUAUGUUCAUUGUCAAUUUCGAGGACAUCACGAAUGCUCCCUACAGGGAUGCUGUGAUAUCACCUCUACCAACUCCAGCCAGAAUCCUGCUGACCAGAUUUCCAACUUUAUGGCGUCUCAUACCACGAAGCCGUCUGAAGCCGGCUCAAGUCAGAGACCUAGAAAUCAAAGCCUGCGAAGAUCGGUUGAAGAAGAUGCGAAUGAAGGUAGCCGGAGCUCGCACAAAGCAAGAGGACCAAGAACUGACUCCCGAAUCUCCGGACUCCAUCCAGCAGCGUUCCCGGACUCAUGUGGUCACAGUGAGUUGUGGGAAAGACCCGGACUCUCAGUCGACAAGGGGGGAUUAUGCUGCCCCUCGAACAUCGGUAGCAGGCGCGGACGUAGGAAGCGAAAAUUCCCGAUCCAAACAAUUUUCCUGUAACCCUGGAUAACAGAAAUGUAAGAUUUUGGAAACACUGUUACUCGGUACAGAGAAAAAUCUUUGACUCCCAACAUUAUUGGUUCCAAUGUAUAACUAAUAUGAUAUUAACAUAGGAGUUGACAGAAUUAAAAUUGUUUAAGA